AUGGCCGAAGGAUCCCCCAUCGACAGAAAAACUGCGUAUGCUUUCGAUCUGGGCACCUUCGGUCGUUCCAUCACCACCGCCAGCCCCGAGGCUCAAAUAUGGUUUAACCGAGGGUUGACGUGGGCCUACGCCUUCAACCACAAGGAAGCCGCAACAUGUUUUGAGCAGGCCAUCGCUCACGAUGAGUCCUGUGCCAUGGCGUAUUGGGGCGUGGCAUAUACCUUGGGCCCCAACUACAACCAACCAUGGGAAUUCUUCGGCGCCAACUUGGCCGUCGUCGUGAAGCGCACUUUUGACGCUUCGCGCAAGGCCGUCGCACUCGCUGCCAACGCAUCGCCGGUGGAGAAGGCGCUGAUUACCGCGAUUCAGGCCCGCUACCACAGUGACCAGCCGGCGAGUAUGGAGCAGUAUGCGCGGCAGAAUCUCGCGUACGCUGAGGCGAUGGAAGUCGCUUAUGGCGAGUUCAGCGAUGAUCUCGAUGUAGCAACUUUGUACGCGGACUCGCUGACCAGUCUCACUCCCUGGAAAUUAUGGGAUCUGGUCACGGGCGAGCCGAACCCAGGGACCAGAACGCUGGAUGCGAAGAUGGUGCUGGAAAAGGCGCUGAAGCAUAAAGACGCCUCGAAGCACCCCGGCUUGCUGCAUACAUACAUCCAUCUGGUGGAGAUGUCGCCCACUCCGGAACUAGGUCUGGUUCCCGCCGAUCACCUGCGAGACCUGAUUCCAGAAUCCGGCCAUGUGCGCCAUAUGCCAUCCCAUCUGGAUGUUUUAGUCGGCGAUUAUCGUGCGGCUAUCCGCGCAAAUCAGAAUGCCUGUAUUGCCGACGAAAAGUACAUCGCGGAAGAAGGCAUGUUCAAUUUCUAUUCUGUCUAUCGCAUGCAUAAUUACCACUCGCUUAUUUAUGCGGCCAUGUUCGCGGGCCAAAAAGGUGUCGCCUUGAACGCGGUUGACCGCAUGGAAGCUACGCUGCCCAAGGAACUUCUAGUUGAAAUGGCAGACUAUAGUGAAAUCUUUAUGUCUGUUCGCUCACACGUCAUGGUGCGCUUUGGAAUGUGGGAAGAAAUCAUUCAACGCCCGCUCCCAGAUGACCCAGUCCUGUACUCUGUCACGACGGCAAUGGCCCAUUAUGCCAAGGGAGUCGCAUACGCCGCGCUUGGCAGAGUCCCUGAAGCUGAGCAUCAACGUGAUCUAUAUCGUGAAGCCGAAAAGCGUGUACCGGACACACGGCUAGACUGGCCAAAUAAAUGCAUUGAUAUCUUAGGCGUGGCGUCUGCCAUGCUGGAUGGAGAGAUCGAGUACCGUCGGGAAAACUAUGUGGAAGCAUUCCAACAUCUCCGUCGUUCGAUUGAGCUAGACGAUGGACUUGGGUACAGCGAGCCGUGGAGCUGGAUGCAACCUGCCCGCCACGCGUAUGCAGCCCUGCUUCUGGAGCAGGGACAUGUGGAGGAUGCGGCAGAUGUGUACCGCGCCGACCUGGGCCUGGAUAAUUCGGUCAUUCGUGCCCGUCAGCACCCGAAUAAUGUUUGGGCUUUGCAAGGGUAUCACGAAUGUCUGGUUCGAUUGGGCCGCACGGCUGAAGCGCGGGUCAUUGAGCCUCAGCUGAAGAUCGCUGUUGCUGUGGCGGAUGUCCCGGUGCAGUCGUCUUGUUUCUGUCGAACGGAUACAUCCCAGGCUCCGCCUGUGGGCACCAGGUGUGCUAAAAGCGGAUGCUGUUGA